GUCAGUGGAUGUAAACAGAAGGACGUUCGGAUCCGGAGCCCGAGACCAUGACCAGGCUGGAGCUGCUCAACGCCUUCCUCAACGACCGGCUGACCGCCGCCGCAGAGGACAUCUUCCGCGCCGUGAAGGACACGGUGGCCGAGUACCAGGCGGAGAUCCUCCGCUCCAAGGAGGAGAACGACCGGCUCCGGAGGCUCCUCAACGUGGCCCUGCAGAGGCUCCUGCUGCACCCAGAUCCUCAGCCCGUCCACGCCCUAGAGGACGCCGAGCCCUGCGACGGCGAAUGGAGGACGAGCGUGGAGCCGCCGCCUCAGGUCAAAGAGGAGCCGACGCCCACAGACCUCCAGACCGACCGGGACUCAGACUCAGCAGAGGGGAACUGCAGCGGAUCCGAGCCUCAGCAGAGACCGCAUCAGACCACAUUGAUCCAGACGGCGUCUCCUGCUCCUCAGGCUUCGUGCGACAUCAAGACGGAGACAGAUGGCGAGGACGGGAGGAGACAGAGCGAUCCAGAGACGGACAGGACUCGGAAAACUCACGUAUCCGGCCGUGAGGGACGCCAGGGGUCCGACGGGAAGCACGGCGCUCACGUCCUGCAGGUGAAGAACGCCAGGCCGGGGAGGCUGGCGCCGCCUCGCUCCGCCCACCCGGGGCAGAGCAUCCAGAGGUGGCACAGCUGUAAGGAGUGUGGGAAGGGCUUCAGCUUCGCCUGCCAGCUGGAGGUGCACAUGCGCUGGCACACCAAGGAGAAACCCUACAGCUGCACCGUCUGCCGCAAGAGUUUCACCACGGUCAGCAUGUUGAAGAGACACCACCGCAUCCACACCGGGGAGAAACCCUUUCGCUGCCACGUCUGCGGGAAGUGCUUCAACCAGUCGGCUCAUCUCAACACCCACUUCAGGCUCCACACCCGCGACAGGGCGAGCUGGGGCCGGACGCAGCACGGCAAGUGAACGCCACACGGGCCGGGCUAUGUACAAACUCAUGUGACUGAAACGGACGCCUUACGACGCCAUGUUGGGAAUCGUCUACGUGUGUCUCUGUUGUGCAAUAAAGUGUGAUCUGUGAUUCACUGUUUAUUCAUUAGUGUUUAUUGAGUUUAUUUGACAGGGAUGAAAAAAUAUGGACAAAGUUACUGAUACUGAUGUUAUUGUCUGUUCCUUUAUUUGUUUUUGUUGUUAUUUAUCCCUUUAACAGAUAAAUCUUCAUUGUAAAUAUUAAAAUAGAUCCUAUUUUAAAGUCUCUUGU